UUGCAAUGUCAGACAAUAAACCACGGUCGGGGUUUACGAAACUCACUAAAAAAAUCAUUAUCCAGGCUUCGCUAGCAUAAACAUGCGGUUUCUUCGGCUGUAACUAUUGUGUUUUCACCUAGGUAUGGGAAAAUCGGAAGAAGAGUUAAAUGCUUUAGCGGCAGGUGCAAAGCCCCGUACUAUAAUUACAACAUACUUGAUGAGAAAGCUGUUUCAAAUGGAAAUUGAGAAAAUGCGUCUCUUCUAAUUUUCGGAGCAGAGUGCGUAUUUUAAUGUAGUUUCUGGGUAACGAUUGACAAGCGAUCUUGUGCUUGGUUCCCACGUAUUCCAAGGGACAUCGAUGCGUUAUCUCACCGAGAACGUGCAGAUAGCGUGAGAGACGCUGACGAAAAACGAGUAGCCGUGGACAAAUUAUCAAAAGGACCGACAACAGAACGAAACUUAACGCUCAAUUUCUUAUCUCACGAAGUUUAGAACACAAACAGCAAUGGAAAUCAAAUUUGUCUUCCUAGGUCUCGCAAUUAUUCUGAGCACCUUAAGCGGACAACAACUACUUGGCAGCAGAGAUAAUUCUACCAUCGAAAUUGCAGUUAUUUUUACUGAAAGAGACUCAAAUGAGAGAAUUCAAGCAAUAGAAGAGGCGACGAUAAAGUUUUGGCAAAUGAACACAAGCCAAACACAAUUCGGAAAUUGGAGGAUCAAUUUUAAGGGCCUUAAUGUCAGCAUUUGCGGUGGAUGUAGUGUUAUGGAAAAACUACGGAAGCUAGAUAAUAACAUGGGGAACAUCAGUUUUUUUGAUGGCGCAGUGUUUCUCACAGUUAACCGUGAUGCUGGUUUGAUGUCAAGUCUUCUGUGCAAUGCAGGAAUAGCCACAAUUGGUUUAUUUGAAGAUAACACAUUUGCUUCUCAGGGUUUGUCAUCGUAUUUCACACGCAUGCGUAGACCUCACAUCUUUUCGUAUGCAUACGUCAUGAAGGAACUAGUAUUAAAAAUGGGUUGGCGCAGAAUCUGCUUGGUAGCGUCCGCUGACCAAGACGGUGUGGAGUUUGCGGGCUACGUGAAAUACUUUGUAGUUAAGAACAAAUGGAAACUUAUCAGUGUUAUAUGGAUUGACAGCGAAACAGAAUCGAGAAUAAACAAGCUUAUUGGGGUUAUAAAUGACACAAAGGCCGAAGUUGUUAUGAUGUAUGGGCGGAAUUCAAAAGCACAGUCAUUUUUCCAAAAAGCAACCACUAAGUUUUCUAAAGAUAACCUUAUUUGGCUAAUAACGGAACAUUUGGGCUACGGGCUGCCUGUGGAUUUAUUACCAACAGGGAUACUCAGAGUAAACCACAGGCAGACCAUGUCAGAGUCACAGCAUCUGAAGGACGUCGACUUAUUGACAGACGCGUUUGGUCUGUUUCUAGAGGGAUUUAAGUUGGCCGCCAGUGAGAUGUGCGGUGCCGGUAUUCAGGCGGGAGAAUGUUUGGAGCAUGUACAGGUCGCUGACUUCAGGCGAAUUUUUACAAGAUACAUACGCGACACCUCAUACCAAGGAAUCAGCGCUGCGUUUGCUGUAACUCAAACAGAGCAAGGAAAACCAAAAAGACCGGUCGAUAUAUGGAACUUACAAAAAGACAGCUUUGGUCACAAGUACUGGACGCAAGUUGGACUCUGGACGCGAUCAGGGCUCGCACUUGACAGGUUCAUGACAAGCACCGGCCCAGUGGAGCCGUAUGUGUUACCUCCCAGGCAAACCCUUAGGGUACCUAUUGUCUCAACGCCUGUAUGGACACAAGUUGGCGAGGCCUACAAAGGCGGCCAACAGGGCGAGGAUAUGUGUAUGAAUGGAGAAUUUUGCUAUAUGUACAAUUCCACCGACAAAACAAAACUUGAAAGGACGACGUUCUGCUGCGUUGGGACGCAAAUAGAUCUUAUAAAACUACUUGAAAGAGAUCUUAAUUUCAAUGCAGAGAUUUACUUUGUACCUGAUGGGAAAUGGGGAACGCAGCUUGCGUCAGAUGAGUGGAACGGUUUGAUGAAUGAACUUGUGACGGGCAAAGGUGACAUCACCGCUUUCUUGGGUAUCAGCAGUCAGAGGCUAGCGGACGUCGAGUUUACGCAGCCGUACUUCACGCUACAGCUGACUAUUCUCGUUAAGACGAUAAACGCAUCCGAGCUAAAUCCGCAAAUACACUGGAAUUUCCAAGACCCGUUUCAUUGGGACCUGUGGGUGAUGGUCAUUGCAUCGUGUAACAUCGUGCUCGUGGUCAUUUGGGCAUUAGACAGGAUGAGCCCUAGAGGACAUCGCAGAAGGCUGAAGAUACUACAACAGGGAAAUGCUCCAGUUGAUAACGGGUUCACUCUUCUCGACUCUAUGAGUUACGUGUGGGGCGUUGCAUUCAGCAAAGAUAUUGGAGCUGAGAAUACUCCGCGAGGACCAAGCGCUCGGUUUGUUUCCAUAUUCUUUGCGUUCAUGGCUUUGAUUCUGGUGAAUACGUACUGUGCCAACCUGACGGCUUUUCUACUCGAAGACAACGUUGUGUUACCAAUCUCAGGGGUGGAGGAUCGAAAGCUAUUAGACACAAGUUUAUACCCGCCCGAUGGGUUUCAGCUAGGAGUGGUCCAGGGAUCGUUCGAGGAAGCUUUCUUCAAAAAUCACAACAAAAAGGAGUUGCAGCUUCUCUACAACGUCAAUAUCAAAAUCAACCUUGUCAAAGGCAUGAACGAGGGGUUUGAUCUCCUACAGAAAGGGAAGCUUGAUGGUCUUGUUGGAGAUGAAGUCUCGUUGCAAUCUCAAGCAAAUGUCGACGACUGCAAGUUUAGUCUGAUCAAAAAGAGCUUUUACAAUCUUGGUGUGGCUUUUGCGUUUCCAAAGGGGUCCCCAUGGGCAAGCGAAGCUACGUUAUCAGUGCUGAAAAACCAAGAGAAUGGUACCCUCGAUCAGAUCCGGAAACUCCGCUUUCCAAAAAACACGUGCCAAAAGCAAAGUGUCCGCAAAUUUGGCAUAGCUGACUUUAGCGGGUUGUUUGUCACAGUUGUCAUAGUGAUUGCAUUCGGUUUGCUCGCUGUGAUCUUCGAAGUUAUUGUGGUCAUCAUCUUAAUGAAAGGGGAGAAAUGUCUCGGAAAGGUUGGCGUGUUCCUUCGAGAAUUUGUCCUCGGUGUCAAAGAGGGCGAUCGUCUGCUCAAUUUUCGUGAGCUCUACAGCUUCUCAAUAACAGAAAAAAGCUGGAAUAUCAACAAGGACAAAAACAAACGGAAAACCAGCCCUGGGGUUUUGGGGUACCAGAAUGGCGGCUUUGUUGUGACGCAUGACGUCAGUGAUGGCGUGACAAGAAGAAUGCGGGAGCGAUUGGACGUUACAGAUGACAUAGAGCUUGAAAUAACUCCCGUAGACUUAAACCCAUUAAAUGAAUUAAAUAGUAACUGCAUCAAUCACAACAGAAAAAACGGCAGUAAAAAAUGAUAAAAAACUGCUUAAUAAUAAACUAUACCGUGUACAAUAUUUAUAGAAAAAAAUGCGAAUAUUGCUUUCCAAAAAAAUCAUGAUGUAUUUCAACAUUACCUAAUUGAACUAAAAGAUUCCGAGCCCUUUAUUGUUACAUUGGAAAUGUAGUGUAAAUCAUAACGAUGGGGUGUUGGGAUCAAUAAAUUGGUAAAAUAAAAAGAAAGUGAACAUUUCCCUUACUCUA